CAAGGUAAAACAAUGGCAAUGAAUAGUUAUUGGCAACUCCGCAUUGUUAUUUGAGGGACAUUGCCGUCUUGUCUUGCUACAUUUGCCGGAUGAAAGUGAGCUGUUUGUCUUCCAGACCCGGGUCACCAUAAGCAAAACUGUCGUUUGAUCAGUUAUAUUUAGAUUUAUUACCAUGAGUGAUGCAAGUUCCAAUGACCCGAAAACUGUUGACGAGACAUCUUUAGAUUCGAAGGACGAAUCUAAAGGGGAAGACGAAGAAUUAGAUGCAUUACUUGAUGAUGCCCUGGAAGAAUUCGACAAACCACUACAAGUUCCAAAGUUAAAAGAUGACACUAAAUCUGAAACAGCUGCACCGGCAGCACCGGUAGAAGAAGUUGUGUGGUCAGAAGAGUUUAUACAGGAAGCGAGCUUGGAAUUUGAGAAAAACAUUCGUUUGAUGAUGGCAGAAACAGCUUCGGGAAACAGUGGUGAUUCACAGUUUGCUGAAAGCUUACUGAAGGUAUCACAAGAAGCAGCAGCCAAAGUGUUUGAAAGACAACCUGACCAAGGAGCAUCGUUUGCUGAUACUCUUCGCCACCUAGCAGAAGGAACUGAAUCUCUCCAGACAGAAGCAGAUGAAGCAACACUAGCUAAAAUGCUGGAGAAAAUGACAUUUGGGCCAGAUGGAGGAUUUGGAGAUGGGGCAAGUGGGGAUAUGGGGAGUUUGGGUGAUAUUCUUCCUGCUAUGCAGGGAAUGCUUCAAAGCUUAUUGUCAAAGGAAUUGCUUUACCCAUCCAUAAAAGAAAUUGUCAAUAAAUACCCAGAUUGGCUCGCAGAUAAUCGACCGAAACUAGAACCUACGCAGUUUGAGAAAUACAAUCGCCAAUUUGCCAUUAUGCAACAAGUGUGCACCGAGUUCGAAAACGAAAAUGACACCGAUGAUGCAACGGUAAAAAAUAGUCGUUUCGAAAAGAUAUUAUCGUUGAUGCAACAAAUGCAAGAAUGCGGCCAUCCCCCUAAGGAAUUAGCUGGCGAGGCUGAACUGCUACCAAAUCCCUUUGGUGGCGCGGAUUUUGCUCAAUCAAUGGGCCCCGGUGCCGAAAGUUGUGUUGUUAUGUAAAAUCAUAGUAUAAAGAAUGUUACUAAUAUUGGGUUAUAAAAGGUAUAGGAGGCCGUAAAACCA